AUGUUCGCCACAAAGCGAUUCGCUUCGAUACGUUUAACAGUGCAAUUGAUGAUACUUUUAUCGACAUCGAUCAACCUGAUCAGUAAUGAUACAAACAGGCUUAUGGCCAGUGCACAAAUGCUUGGUGGUUAUGGUGGAAUGUAUGGAAUGGGCUAUGGAAUGGGCCUAGGUGGUCUAGGUGGAUAUGGGAUGUACGGUGGAUUAGGUUAUGGACUUGGCGGAUACGGUAUGGGUGGAUACGGUAUGGGUGGAUAUGGAAUGUACGGUGGAUACGGACUUGGUGGGUAUGGUAUGGGUAUGGGUAUGGGUAUGGGUGGUCUUGGAAUGUGUUGUGGAUACGGCGGGCUAUAUGGAAAAUGA